AUGCAGCUUGUCGAUAGAAAACUUUUGUCACAAGUCUUUUUGCCCAAGCCCAACAACAUUUCUUAUUUUGAUAACUCAAAAAAUAAAGUGGAAACAAAAAACUACUGGAAGAAAAUGAUGUAUCCUAUCUCUUUGAAGAAUAAAUGUGAAACUUUUGAGAACAACAAUGAAAACCUACCUGAAGUUGCAGAACUUUCCACUGAAGAUAAUGAGGACGACGACGAACAGAAUAAUGACUCUAGUGGCUCCACGAAUCUCGCUGCAUACAAAGUUUAUCGUGUAUCAAAUGAAACUCCAGGUGGUUGUGGUGUUGAUGCUGAUGACAACGGUGCAAAUGGCGACAACUAUCAAAGCGAUGAUGAUCAAGAAAGCUAUGAUGAUUAUAUCAUUAGUUCAGUUCACUUUCUACUCGAUCACUACAUAAAGUCAUGUGGUAGUAGGUCGAGUGCAUCCUCCAAAGGAAAACUAUCGUCUGGGACGCGAGAUAUUAUAGACAAAUUAGAAUUAUUUUUACAUAUUGACAAGUGA